CACCGGCAUAAAAAGUCGUUAGAGCUGUCUGCAAGCUUACAUCUCCCUCCUGCAUUGCUUACUCGUUCGUCCUCUUCUCAGCUUCUGCAGAACUCUUCUUCCACAUCUCAGCAGGGAACUGUAUUCUUCACCCUCUCUCAGUCCAGAACAAAAGCUGGUUCUGCUUGUUGUUAACGACGUCAUGAGAACAUUAGACGGGAGAUUAUCAUCAAACAGGAGACCUUUCAAUGUAGCAAAUCACACUGUUGGUAUAGAAUCUCGUGUCGAUGAUGUUACAAACUUGUUGUGCUCGGGCGACGAUCACACAAGCAUUAUUGGGAUUCAAGGGGUUGGAGGAAUCGGCAAGACAACUAUUGCCAAGGCCGUUUGCAAUGAAUUAAGCAAUCAAUUUGAAGCCACCAGCUUCCUUUCCGACAUCAGUGAAAAAUCGAAGCAGCCUAAUGGACUUGCCUCUUUGCGGGGUCAGCUAAUCAGUGAAAUUUCGGAAACUGGCCUCGAAAAGGACGCGCCUACCAUGAAGAGGGCUCUUGUCAUUCUCGACGACGUCGAUCGCGUGGACCAAAUUGAUGAACUGCUAGACCGGCAGCAUUUAUUUGCUGCAGGAAGUAAGAUCAUAGUCACAACAAGGUGUGAGGACGUUCUGAUUAUGAAAGGUAUAGAAAAUCAUAAAAUCUAUAAGCCAAAUGAAUUGGAUGAAGACGAAUCCCUUAGACUGUUCAGUUAUCAUGCUUUUCUGAGUGAGCGACCAUUGGAAGGGUUUGUGGAGUUAUCGGAGCAAGUUGUGCAACUUACUGGUGGACUGCCGUUGGAGCUUGAGAUAUUUGGUUCUCUGUUUUAUAACAUAAGAACUGAAGAUGAAUGGGAAGAGAUGCUGGUCAGGUUAAUGUCAGCUCAAGAUCAAGAUGUUCAAGGGAUUCAGCACGGGGGGAUCCAAGAAAGACUAAGAAUCGCUUACGAAGAGUUGGAUUCAAAUGAAAAGCGCAUUUUUUUAGAUAUAGCGUGUUUCUUCAUUGGACGAGGCAAAGAGUAUGCGAUGCAUAUGUGGGAGGCCUGUGGACUUCACCCCAGUAGUGCAAUUGAAGUGCUUCUUCGCAAGUCUCUCGUCCAAAUUGAUAGCGAAAAGGAUGAGUUUGUGAUGCACGACCGAAUUCGAGACAUGGGCAGAGAAAUAGUUAUAAGUGAAGGCGUUAUGCGAAGUAGGUUUUGGAAUGAGGAUGGAAUAACAGAGGCAUUGCAGAACAAUGAAGAAACUGGGGAGCGUAUUGAAGGCAUCUCUCUCAAUUUAGAAGAGGGAGGACAGAUAGAUUUGGGUACUGAAGCAUUUGAACGAUUACAUCAGCUAAGACUGCUCCGCGUAAAUUUUGCCAAUUUCGAAAACAAUGACUUUUGCCAUUUUCCGGAAGAUUUGAAAUGGCUGGAGUGGAGAGGAUGUCCAUCAGAGUCACUCCCAUUAGACUGCAGAUUUAAGAAACUUUCCAUCCUUAUUCUAUCUCAAAGUAAUAUUACCCAGCUAUGGAAUGAGUCAGCACCAAGUGGAACUCAGUUGAACAUCAAAUUAGAAGAUGGGGUUUUUCAUGGACUGAAAGUCUUGGAUUUAUCCUCUUGUGCACAUCUCAACAGCAGCCCUGGCUUUGCCAGUGUUCCACACCUUCAGAAGCUGAUACUUGAUGAUUGCACCAGUUUGACUGAGCUUGAUGAAUCCCUAGGUUGCCUCGAGAAAUUGAAAUUCUUAAGUAUGAGAAUGUGCGAAAAUCUGAUCAGAUUGCCAGACAACAUGCAUCAGCUGCUUUCACUUGAAAAUCUAAUUCUUGGAAAUUGCUCCAAACUUUCUGCAAUCCCAAAGCUUCCUUCUACUUUAAUCACUCUGGAAGCCAAAGAUUGCACAGAUUUGAAAAUGCCGCUUGAUUUCUCAAACCUGACAAACUUGAAGUCACUGAAUCUGCAAGGAUGUAAGAAGAUCGUCUACUGUAGUGGCCUUGAAGGCCUGGAAUCCAUAGAAGUUUUACUCAUGGAUGGAUGUGAAGGCUUAAGUUUCAAUUUUAUGGAGAGCUUCCAGGGCAUAAGGUUUAACCAUUUGAAGGAGUUCAGCAUCACUGGUAGUUGGUCUUGUUUUGAGACUCUGGGAGAAGUUAUGGUUUUCAUGUUCCCGUACGGAUCUGAAAACGAUCCUCUACUCAUGGACUAUGUACACUGCCAUGGUCAUGUCAUCGACUAUGAAAGCCAUCGAGUACACUGCCAUGGUCAUGUCAUCGAUUAUGAAAGCCAUCGAAACAUUAUGGUUUUAAUCAGACACUAUGCUGGUGAUGAAGUCAUGUUUGAAGCUGUUAAGGAAGCUUGCCGUGAUGAUGAUAAUGAUCUGGAAGACCAUAACCGUGGAUAUUGCUACACUCUUAAUUUGAAUGGUAACGAUGAGGUUACCAGGCAACUAACAGCUUUCUAUAACAAGAUAUAUAUUUCAACAGCUGAUGGAAGCUUGCUGCGAAGAAUUGAUAUGAAACUUCGCCACAAUAAUUACUGGGCAGGAGUUAACAAUGAUUUGCGGCUGUGAUGGGAGGAACUCUGACUAUCGUCAUUCAAAAAUGAACACCGAAGGAAGGAUUGGGCUAUAGAAUUCUCUUUUCAUAUUUUUUAAGUCAUCCCUCUUAUUCCUAGUGAUUGAGAUUCUGUAAGCUUUUUGAGACAGAACAAUGUUUUUAUUGCAAGCCCUGAAGUUUUAGGGGCAGUUAAUGAAAGGUCAUCAGGAACGGUCUA